AUGCAGCUCAAAAACGUGGGUGUGGUUCACGACUUCUUCGGUGGUCUGCUACGUCACCCACGGACGUCGAUCAAUGAUUACGCUGGCCGAGCUCAUGACUUCAUUAUAGUGUUUCCUGGUUAACCCUGCUUCAGAAUGAGGCAUGGAGAACGAGAGAAGAACAAGAGUGAUCCUUCUGGCAUGUGGAUCCUUUAACCCCAUCACCAACAUGCACCUGAGGAUGUUUGAACUGGCACGAGAUUAUCUGGAGGACACAGGUCGCUAUGAGGUGGUGCAAGGCAUUUUGUCUGCGGUUGGCGAUGGCUACAAGAAACAGGGUCUGAUUGAGGCUUUCCAUCGUGUGAAAAUGGCCAGACUGGCAACAGAGAACUCCGACUGGAUCACAGUGGAUGCGUGGGAGAGCUCACAGCCUGAGUGGGUGGAGACUGCUAAAGUGAUUCGGCAUCACUACUCUGAACUAACAGAAGCCAAGCAAGUUGGUGAUGAUGUGGACACUGUCAAGUAUGCGAAAAAGAGACGCAUUGAAGGAAAUUAUGUAGAGAGUGCAUCAGAUCACAACAAAAAAGAAGCAACUCAACUGAUGCUGCUCUGCGGCGCUGAUGUCCUCGAGUCCUUCGGGAUCCCAAACUUGUGGAAGGAAGAGGACAUUGCCGAGAUAGUCGGCCGCUUCGGCUUGGUUUGCAUUACGCGUUGUGGCGCCGACCCCCAGAAGUUUAUCCACCGGUCAGACAUGCUGUGGAAGCACCGCAAGAACAUCCAUGUGGUCCCCGAGUGGGUGGCCAACGAAAUCUCGGCCACGCAUGUGCGCCGGGCUCUGCGUCGUGGCCAGAGUGUCAGGUACCUGCUGCCGGACAACGUGCUUUGCUAUAUACAUGACAACCAACUCUACAGCGCUGAGAGCGAGCAAAACAACGCUGGUGUGGUUCUUGCACCCUUGCAGAAACAUGCUGGUGACCCCGCCAUUUAAUUUAGAAAGUCACAUUUUUACACAGAACUGAUAUAUUUAUUAAAGCUUUGACUCGUGCCUACUCCACAAAACAGUAAUAGAGUAGCACCCUUGAUUUGAUUCGAAUUGUCCAUUGAGACCAAUUCUAUCUGAUUUAAUUAGUUCGAGAGUCCAACCUGGCGUCGUCAUAAAGCGUUUACAUAGUCUUUGUACAUGAAUUGCUCAUAACUGCUAAUAGCACAUAAACUGAAGUUAGUCAUUCAUCCAGUUAUGGACAUCACAUUUCGUAUUUGAUGGACUGGGCUUGGACUUGUUUUUAGUAGAAAUUCAAUAAAAUGGCUGUCUGUUUUUUCAACCCAAAA